AUUUCUGGACUAAUUAUGCGAUUUCAUUUUUUUUUUCUUGAUUCAGCCAAAUGUGCGUUUAAAUUGUGCUUGCUAAGUGCAGUCAAGUAUCAAAAGUAAUAAAAUAAAAAAGGAUGGUUGAACAAGUUUUCUGAAUCUUCCAGAAUGUGUUUGGGACUUUUCUUUGUUCAUUAUUUGAGUUGUUCCCUUUGAAAUUAAAGCUAUUUUGUAGGUUUUGUAGGACAUAAUUUGAUGAUUAGAGUUAAUUAAAUUUCUUCUGAAAGAGACCUAAAUUCUUACUCUCAGUAAGAGACCGUACUGAAAUUAACGCUUUUAAAACUUGACUAAAAGUUCAAGGAAGGUGGAGAUGCAUCAGAGACUGUUUGGCUGGGGUUAUGAAGACAGUAUGGAGUUUCCAGACCAUAGUAGACAUUUGCUGCAGUGUCUGAGCGAGCAGAGACAUCAGGGUUUUCUUUGUGACUGCACUGUUCUGGUGGGAGAUGCCCAGUUCCGAGCGCACCGAGCUGUACUGGCUUCAUGCAGCAUGUAUUUCCACCUCUUUUACAAGGACCAGCUGGACAAAAGAGACAUUGUUCAUCUGAACAGCGACAUUGUUACAGCCCCAGCCUUCGCUCUCCUGCUUGAAUUCAUGUAUGAAGGGAAACUCCAGUUCAAAGACUUGCCCAUUGAAGACGUGCUAGCAGCUGCCAGUUAUCUCCACAUGUAUGACAUUGUCAAAGUCUGCAAAAAGAAGCUGAAAGAGAAAGCCACCACAGAGGCCGACAGCACCAAAAAGGAAGAAGAUGCUUCAAGUUGUUCGGACAAAGUCGAGAGCCUCUCUGAUGGCAGCAGCCACAUGGCAGGCGAUUUGCCCAGCGAUGAAGAUGAAGGGGAAGAUGAAAAAUUGAACAUCUUGCCUAGCAAAAGGGACUUGGCGGCCGAGCCUGGGAACAUGUGGAUGCGAUUGCCCUCGGACUCAGCAGGCAUCCCCCAGGCUGGCGGAGAGGCAGAGCCACACGCCACAGCAGCUGGAAAAGCAGUAGCCAGCCCCUGCAGCUCGACAGAGUCUUUGUCCCAGAGGUCUGUCACCUCCGUGAGGGAUUCGGCAGAUGUUGACUGUGUGCUGGACCUGUCUGUCAAGUCCAGCCUUUCAGGAGUUGAAAAUCUGAACAGCUCUUAUUUCUCUUCACAGGACGUGCUGAGAAGCAACCUGGUGCAGGUGAAGGUGGAGAAAGAGGCCUCCUGUGAUGAGAGUGAUGUUGGCACUAAUGACUAUGACAUGGAACAUAGCACUGUGAAAGAGAGUGUGAGCGCUAAUAACAGGGUACAGUAUGAGCCUGCCCACCUGGCUCCGCUGAGGGAGGACUCGGUCCUGAGGGAGCUGGAGCGGGAGGACAAAGGCAGUGACGACGAGAUGAUGACCCCCGAGGGCGAGCGGGUCCAGGUGGAGGGCGGCAUGGACAGCGGCCUGCUGCCCUACGUCUCCAACAUCCUGAGCCCGGCGGGCCAGAUCUUCAUGUGCCCCCUGUGCAACAAGGUCUUCCCCAGCCCGCACAUCCUGCAGAUCCACCUGAGCACGCACUUCCGCGAGCAGGACGGCCUGCGCAGCAAGCCGGCCGCCGACGUCAACGUGCCCACCUGCUCUCUGUGCGGGAAGACGUUCUCCUGCAUGUACACCCUGAAGCGCCACGAGAGGACUCACUCGGGCGAGAAGCCCUACACGUGCACCCAGUGCGGCAAGAGCUUCCAGUACUCGCACAACCUGAGCCGCCACGCCGUGGUGCACACGCGCGAAAAGCCGCACGCCUGCAAGUGGUGCGAGCGCAGGUUCACGCAGUCCGGGGACCUGUACCGGCACAUCCGCAAGUUCCACUGUGAGUUGGUGAACUCCUUGUCCGUCAAAAGCGAGGCGCUGAGCCUGCCCGCUGUCAGAGACUGGACCUUAGAAGAUAGCUCUCAAGAACUCUGGAAAUAAUUUUAUAUAUAUAUAUAAAUAAUAUAUAUAUACCUAUAUAUAAAUAGAUCUCUAUAUAGUUGUGGUACGGUCUAAAAGCAGUCUUGUUUCCUGGAACUGAAAGGUUGGGGUAUUAACUUGUUUUUGCACUUUAGAAUAGCAUGAGAAUCUCACUAAUUUAGCAUUCUGGUAAAAGAAACUUUAGAGCAAGUCGGAGAAUAGAGAGGUGUUUUUUCUUUCUUUCAAGGGGGGUAGGGGAAGUAAGCCAAUAAGAACCUUUGAAACAAAUCGUCCUAUCACAAAAUGCUUUCCUAGGGCCUAUUUUGUCAGCACUGCGGUGUCUUUUGAGCUCUCUCUUUUUUUCCCACCUUUUUUUUUCUUAAGUAGAAAUUCCCUCCAGUUUUAUUAGCCUCUUUAUAUGUCUCAAAUUGCAUGAAUCUUUUCUGGCUGUUGGAAACCUGAAUGCUUUUAGACCCAAAUGGAAAAUUUCUGAAAUGCUGGAUUAUCUAUUUUUAAACAAGCAGUUGACUUAAAACUUUCUGUGGCAACUUCUGGUUUUCUGACGGUUCCCAAUGAGGGAAAUUCUGAAAGUACACUGGGAUCACUGGGACGCUGUCUUUGUGAAGGUUUGCUUGGGAUGAAAAAGGAUAUUGCAGCUUCAGCAGUGUUGAACUGUGUGUUGAAAAAUGUGAAUUACUGUUAUUGUAUACUGUAAUUGAUUACAUGGGCUGGGGGGGUGUCAAAGGACUUGACAGGUUGUGUUGAUGCUCUUAGUUGAGUCUUGAAAAGUAAAUAUUAACGCUACAGAAAUGCAUGAGUUUCAAUAUAUUUUUUGUCUUUGUUUGCAUUGUAUAACUUUAACGAGUGAGUUUAAAAUUAUUUAAUUUCCUUAGAAAAAUAGCACCAUUUGGAAAAAAAAAAAACCUGGUGUUAUGAAGAACGUUAAUGCACUGUUUUUAUUUUAUAUAAUUUAAAUUGACUUUCCCACUGUCUUUAAGUUGAAACUGUUAAGCUGAAUAAAAACUUAAGCUGCAAAUUGAUAACUUCGCUACAUAACAAGGAAAAUAUAAAUGUUUACAAACGGCUUAAAGAUUUGCAUGUGCAGUGUGCAUUUUAUAACAAAACUUCUAAUUGCACAAAACCCAGGCCAGCUCAAAGUUUAGAUGUACACAUUUACCCAGUUGAGCGUUUUUAGAGUAACUACUGCACAAAUUGACAAUAGGUCAUUCUCUUUUUUUGCUCCCCUUUUCUUUUUCUCCCCUUCUUCCUUUCCCUCCCUUCCUCCUUCCCUCCCGCCCCUCCCCCAUCCCCCCCCCCCCCAAACUCAUGAAAAGAUUCUAUGGACUGAAAAAGCCCCAGGCUGAAAGGACUGGACUGCCUUGAUUGACAUGGGGAAGGGGGUUAGUAGACUAUGUGUAUCGCGGCAGCAGAGGCUGCAGCCCAACGUGUGGUUUUAAUGACCAGCACGCAGGGCAAAGCAUUUUGCACAGUGUUUGUUUUCCUGUCUUGCACUUACAAAUAAGGUCUAUGGGAGUAGCAUGGAAAACGUUUGCUGUUUUUCCCUUUUUUUUUUUUUUUUAAUUGCUUUUGUUUAAAAUUUGAUCGCCUUAACUACUGUAAACAUAGCCUAUUUUUGUGCUUAAGAUACUGAAUGGAAAACUCCAUUGUGUGUUGCUGGACUGUUUUGGAAAUAUUUGGUCAAAUGUGUGUUAAUUUGGCUGUAAUGGCAUUUAAAGCAAACAAACAAACAAAAAAAGCUGUGAAAAUGGCCUUGGAGCAUUAUCUUUAGUUACUUGAAGAGUUUCUAGUUUUUUUUAAAUACAGUUUAUGUUGAAAUAAUUUUUAUUAAUUUAGAGAAGACAAUCAAUGUCUGUGAGAAAACGGACUUUCUUUUGGAUUUUCUUUUUGUGGUCAUUGUGAGUGAUUGCUUUUUCCUUUUAUUAGUUUCACAUUCUUCCUUUGUUCUAAAACUUAGACUGACAUCUAGCUUUGACAAUCAUAGUAUGUUUUAUUUUCCUGAGGGGGGAAUAACUUAUAAUGCUGUUUAGUUUUGUACUAUUGGUGUGUUGGUGAAUUUUUAAACUGUGUGCUAACUGCAAUAAAUUAUAUGAACUGAGAA